GCGGCGCUCAGGGUGCUGCUGGUGGGCGGUGACGGGGGGCGGGGCACGCUGUGGCCCCCGCACACGCUCACGCACACACGCGGCGGCUCCGUGCGGGGUCGCGGCAGUGUGUGAGUGUCUGACAUGCAAACGCCAGGCAGGGAUUCGAACCAGCAGCCUGACCACAGCUUCACAGUCGACAUGGUGGACACCCAGCAGCUCCUGACCUGGCCUCUGGGUUUCAGUCUGAAUGCCGUGGACCUGUUGGAGCUGGAUGACAGCUCCCACUCCCUGGACAUGAAGCAUUUGUCCACGCUGGACUACACCACCAUCUCCUCCUCCCUGUCCUCCUCCCUGUCCCCAGCGCUCACGUGCUCCGUCUCCUCUGCUGGUAUGACCUAUGAGCCCAGUCCUCCUCCACAGCACGAAGAUCAAAUGCUCAACGUGGACUACACCAGCGUGCACAACUACAGGACAGAGCUGAACACAUGCAAUACAAUCAAGUUGGAGCCAGAGUCUCCUCCACAGGUCUGUGACAGUCCUGCUUUCACCAGGGUCCAGGACGACACAACGUCGCCAACUUCGCUGAACAUCGAAUGCCGUGUUUGUGGGGAUAAAGCCUCGGGGUUUCACUACGGUGUCCACGCCUGUGAAGGCUGCAAGGGUUUCUUCAGACGGACAAUCCGGUUAAAGCUGGUCUAUGAUCACUGUGAUCUUCACUGUCGAAUUCACAAGAAGUCUCGCAACAAAUGCCAAUACUGUCGCUUCCAGAAAUGCCUCAAUGUCGGCAUGUCACACAAUGCCAUUCGAUUUGGACGCAUGCCUCAGGCAGAGAAGGAGAAGCUACUGGCUGAGUUCUCAUCUGAUAUGGAGCACAUGCACCCUGAAGCAGCCGAUCUGAGGGCUCUAGCUCGGCAUCUGUACGAAGCCUAUCUGAAGUACUUCCCUCUUACGAAGGCCAAGGCCAGGGCCAUCCUCUCUGGGAAGACCGGAGACAACAUGCCUUUUGUCAUACAUGACAUGAAGUCCCUAAUGGAGGGAGAACAAUUCAUCAAUUGCAGCCAGACUCCCGUCCAGGAGUACCCACAGCAGAUCUCCACCCUGACAGCCGGACACAUGGGCAUCUCAAGACCUCAUCUGGGCUCAGACUUUGGUAGUGUUGGUGUGACCGGAGUCAGUGGUCAGGGCUCAACAGACGCUCUGGAGUUACGCUUCUUCUAUAGCUGCCAGUCGCGUUCGGCCGAAGCGGUGAGAGAAGUGACAGAAUUUGCCAAGAGUAUCCCAGGAUUUGUAGAUCUGGAUCUCAAUGAUCAGGUGACGUUGCUGAAGUAUGGUGUAAUUGAAGUCUUGAUCAUCAUGAUGGCACCACUGAUGAAUAAAGACGGGACCCUGAUCUCCUAUGGACAGAUUUUCAUGACACGCGAGUUCCUCAAAAGCCUCAGGAAGCCAUUCUGCCAAAUGCUGGAGCCAAAGUUUGAGUUCUCUGUCAAAUUCAACAUGCUGGAGCUGGAUGACAGUGACAUGGCACUGUUUCUUGCUGUCAUUAUUCUCAGUGGAGACCGUCCAGGCCUACUGAAUGUGAAGCCCAUCGAGCAGCUUCAGGAGACGGUGCUCCACUCACUGGAGUUGCAGCUGAAGGUUAACCACCCAGACUCCCUCCAGCUGUUUGCCAAACUGCUCCAGAAGAUGACUGACCUGCGUCAAAUUGUCACAGAUCAUGUGCGUCACAUCCAGCUGCUGAAGAAGACUGAGGUGGACAUGUGCUUACACCCGCUGCUGCAGGAGAUCAUCAAGGACCUGUAUUAGAAACUGUCUUAAAAUGUCAGCAGAGGAAUGACUUUUGUUUAGUGCUGGGGUGUUGGAAAAGGUGGCGUACAGCGUUCAAAGCAGGGAGCUGAGCGCUGGCUCUGAUGUAGACAGCAGUGUGUCAAUAAUUGUCCCUGUACGCGUUCAGCCGCCGCCUCCUCUACUAACUAGGUUGAGUGACCACAAAUAGCUGAAUUUCAGAUUGGUAAACUCAAUCAAAGUAGACUUUAAAUGACUUUCAAACAAAACGGAGAAAUCACUGUGAAUAUUUUUCAGCAAGUGUUGCACAGUACAUCGCUCGCUUACAUGCAGUUUUUCUACACAUUGCAUUACAGCCACCAUAGUGUAGGUGGCAGCACUGUGUACAUGCGUCAAUACCUCUCUCUUUGUGCACAUAGAUGAAACGCUGCAACAAAGUUAAGGUGUGAUCCGUCUUAUCCUGCAGCGUGAUGCCCGUCAUGUUCUUUAUUCUGUCACUUGCAGAAACUGCGAGAGUGUGAAGCCGACAAGAUGCAUAUCAUUGUGAUAAUAAAUAUGCAGUAUGGGGCUUUAAGACGAACUGUUUGGGUUUGUUGUUGAAUUUGUGCGUAAUGUAUUAACCUGAAUGUAUAAUCUGUGUUAUCUAUUCCUAUACUGUCUAUUAUUUUUGUAUGGGUGAUGAUGUCAAACAAAAUUAGUUUUUGCCUAUUCAAUGGAAGUUAUAAUAUGUACAAUGAAAUUUUUUUUUAUCUAUGCAAAGUUUCUACAAUGAUUUUUUUUUUAAUGAAUGCACACAGAUAAUAGUUUGUGGUUUAAGAACAGUAUUUGCAAAUAAAACAUUUUUUAAUAAAUAAUUUUUA